GUUUGAGGCACUCAUGAUGAUUCUCUUUUACGCUCUAUACAUCAUCAUCAUGUACUUUAAUCGACCGCUGGAGAAAAACUCCAGAUUUUUUGUCAGCCAGAUUCUGGCAAAAUUUGAACGUCAACCGCUAGUUACCAAGCCACCAGAGGAGCACCCAAUUCCAGAGGAGAUGAAACGGGCCAGAGCACACAGCCGAAUUAGCCAGUCAUCAAUGAGCUUGUCGAUGUCUCGUGAAUAUGAAAAGCCUCAACAUGGAGUUGAUCAACCGCUGCCUGAGGAGCAGGAGACUCAAAUCCUUGAGAACCACACGGAGUCCAUCCCGCCGUCGGCGACAUUAUCUAAAAACGGAACUCUCAUGACGGUUUCUGAAUACGAAUCUGUGUGGAUUCUUCCCGACAACAUAUUCCUUCGCAUUCUGUGGAUUUUCCUGUGUCCAGUGAAAGCCGUUCUGUUCGUCACGAUCCCGGACAGUCGUCGACCGGGAGUGUGGUCAAGGCUCUACCUCCUGUCGUUCAUGAUGUCGGUCAUCUGGAUCAGUGGACUUACCUACAUCAUGGUCUGGAUGGUCACCAUUGCCGGUGACGCCCUCGAUAUCCCAGACACAGUGAUGGGCCUUACACUGCUAGCGGCUGGAACCAGCGUCCCCGACUGUCUGUCCAGCGUCUUUGUUGCCAGAGAUGGUUAUGGGGACAUGGCAGUAUCCAACUCGCUGGGCAGUAACGUCUUUGACAUCCUCCUCUGUUUGGGAAUUCCCUGGCUGAUCGAGUACAGUGGAGGUCUGACUUACUCUGCCUUGACACUGUUUGCAACAGUCGCCUUUCUUCUGGCUUCGAUGGGCAUAAACAAAUGGAAGCUGACCAAAGGUUACGGGGCACUCUGCCUGCUGGCUUAUGUUAUAGUCAUCACUCUCUCCUGUUUGUUUGAACUCAACAUUUUUGAGGACAUCAAUCCACCAACGUGUCCAAGAUGA